AUGGAGGAAGAAGAGGAAGAUGAUGAUGAUGAUGAUGAUGAUGAGUUUAGUCAAAACACUGACGUUGGAUGGGAAGAGACGGAUAAAUGGAGAGACAUACUGCAGAAUGCUCUAGAGGAGGAAGAGUCUAUGGCCCGACAGUCUCUUUACGCCAUGGAAUUAGCAGCAAGAAGGGAGGACUGUGAAUGGGAAUGGUGUGUGCAGUCACACCUCAAAGGAUGUGCAUACACUGACAGUGACUCACAUCUACACCAACAACAGAAUGAACAACAGAAACAACAACAACAACAGCCGGAACCGUUGCUACUGAGUAUGAAAGAGCAGCGGUGUCGAGAUGCAAUGUUGCGUGAGAUUGAGCGACUCACACGCCUAAAAGCAGCUGUGCGGCACGAGAUGCACGAAAUGCGUCUCCAAGGCAUCACACGCGAAAAUGCCUUGAGGCAACAAUUAGAAGCAUUGCGAAUAGAGUCUGUUAGACUAGAGGAGCAGCGUCAGACAUACACCACAUUGGAUGAAUGUGGGGAAACAGCAUUAGAGAAGGAGAAAGUGGUAUGGUGGCGUACAUUUCAGUUGUUGGAAGCGUGUCUACGAGUUGAUGCU